GGGGAAGGAGGGCUUGCAAGGGACGCAGGUGGCCGUGUGCAGGUGGGGAGCGGGCGGCGGCAGCCUCGGCCUAAAAAGCAGCCUGCGGGAGCCUCCGGGCAUCGAGGGGAGGGGGCGGCGGAUACCCCAGUGUGUGUGGGGGGACGACUUGGCUGCCCUUCUCCCAUCGACACGCUGCUCCCCCCCUCACCCUUCUGCCCCCAAAGGGUUGCCACAGGGCUCUGCCCGGCGUGCCCCAGAAGUCCUGGUGAACCCACGCGGCUGUUGUGCCCCCUACCCGCUUCCUCUUCCUCCCCACUGACAGAUCGCCGCUGCCAUGCCCGUGACCCAGGCCUUGGAAGGCAUAAAGCCCCCAAUCCACGAGCAGAUCUCAGAGCUGCAGAACAAGAUACAACUCCUAGAAGGUGACCGGAAAGCUUUCUACGAGAACUCCCAAUGGAACAUUAAGAAGAACAAGGAGUCAAUUUUGCGGCUCAGGCAGGAGAAUAAGAAGUUGCACCAGAAGCUGGCAGAUCUCCUAGUGGGAGAGGAGAAAGUAAUCAAGGCUGCCUUCCAAGGACAUCCAGCUGAUCAAGGAUGUGUGAAAAAUAAAACUGGAGAGGGUGCCAUUCAGAUCAUCAAUCACCGGCUAUGUGAGAAGAUCAAUCAGUUAAACAACCUGAAGCAUCAGGUGGAGAUGCGGAAGCGCAGGUUGGAAGAGCUGCAGAUUCAGUACAGUGCCAAGUCACAAGAAAUCAGCGACAUGCAAGCACUAGAGGAACGGAACAUUGAGGCGGCCAAGAUUCUGCGUACGCUGGAGAACCGCCUGGAAAAGGCCCGAUUCAAGACUGAUGAGGCCGAACGCAUCACCAGCAUGUACCAGAAGCUAAAAGCACAUAUGCAGGAGCAGAGCCUGCACUUCCAGAACAAACUGGAUGCUCUAGAAGCUGAGAUCUUACGCUUGCGUCAUGAGCUCCAGGACCUGGAAAGUGUGAACACUGAUGCGCAACAUGCUCGUGAUGCAGCUAGGGAGCAACUCCUGUCCCAAGAAGAAACCAUCUACAAAGAACGAAAGGCCCGUGAUAAGAAGCUGAAGGACUUGAAGAAGCUGACAGAGGACAAAAGAGCACAGAACGAACGUGCAGAAAGAAGGCAGUCCCAGAAGGAACGCAUCACGUUUGGAACUGAAGACCUGCUCAAAGAGCCCAUGUUUAAGAAAGCCACCAUCCUGAAAACCAGACAGGCCAUGUUAACUGCAUCGGAAGCCUUUGACAAGAUCCGAGCAGCUACUGGCGUCACCGAUGCUGACGACGUUGUGGCCUGCUUUGCGGCUCAAGAAGAAACCUUCAAGCAACUGGACGAAAUGAGGAAUGAGAACGAAGAGGCCCUGGUCCGACUUCGAGAGGAGAAGGACGUGUUGCAACGUGAACUGGAACACACCAAGUACUCGGGGGAGGCCCGGAAGGUGGGGACCCAGAACCUGAUGAAGGCGUUGCACGACCACCUGCAGAAGGAGGAGAAGAGACGCGACGCAACCCAGGCCGACCUGGACAAGGUGAACCGGGUUCUGCUCAAUGCCAAGGCUGGAGUGGAGCAUUUGUCCUCCAAACUGCAGCACAUCAAGCUGGAAGAUAACCGCCUUGCUUCCACUGUCUUGGACGAGAAAGCCAAUGACUAUGUGCUCAACCUCCUGGGCCAAGCAGAGGAGAAAUUGCUGUACCUAGUGGAGUCCCUCAAGGAUCGAGACAAGAAGGAGCUUCUCCGGAGAAUUGAAGAAGUGGAGUUCCAUUCCAAGCUUGAGAGGAGGCUGCCCACCUACAACACCAGGGUCAAGCUGCCCAUCGCACAGAAACCAGACAUGUAUUAUGAUGAGGAUGACAGCGGGGAAGAUGAUGCUGAUGUGGUGACACGCGCAGCCCUGAAGCGUCAAUCCCAGCAAAUCAUAGAGGCCAAGACCAAACGUCGCAACCGCUACAGAAAGAAGGACGGGAAGCUACAUCCUAUGUAGCCCUGCCUUCCCAGAUUCUGCUGUGCUCCAGAGCCCUUGGCUAUUAAAAGAUGCUUCCUAGCCCCUGGCCCCUCCCGUAUGAGGCCGUUCCACACUUCAUCUCCAUCCAAUCCCAGGGAAAAGAGAAACAUGACCCCUUUGUGGAUCUGUUCUCCAUCCCUGUUCAGUGCAGGCAGGAACCCACAGUGAGCUGCAGCUAGUACAUAGCUGCUGCUCUCCUGCCUUUCAGCUCCCCCGGCUGUUUGAGAAGCAGGGCUUCUUUGGGGUGGGGUGGAGGGUAAGCCUGAUGCUUGUCAAGGAGGGAAGAGGGAUGCAUCUCACCACCACCACCACCACCCCAGCUAAUCCAGACUCUUUCCCAGAAUCUGUAGACACUGAGCAAAGAGACCCUACUGUGCCUUUAGUUUGACUGUUUCUGCCCCCUUCCAUCAUAAUCAUAAUCUUUGUACACCCAGAGGGAGGACAGGGCAGGGAGGGGGCUCAGAGCCCGUCACACUCUGAGCGGAGUCACUAAAUGCUGUGUUUGCUGUGUAUGAUGCAAUAAACCCUGUUCAGGCUGA